AGAUUUUUGAAAGUGAGAUUGUGGACCAAUUGAGCCUUGAGGCAAAAUCCAAAGCAAAAAAGAGCCAAAAUGGCUAGGCAGAGUCAAACACUUCUGUGCAAUUCAAGAACAGACAUUCUUAGAAUGUGUUUGAGUACACUUCUUUUGCUUGUUUUCUCUCAUGUUGCUGCUUCUCAAACUAUUGUUGACACUCUUCCUGGCUUUCCUGGAAAGCUUCCCUUCAAAAUGGAAACUGGAUAUGUUGGAGUUGGAGAAAUGGAGGAUGUGCAGCUAUUCUACUACUUUUUUGAGUCUGAAAGAGACCCAACUUUUGAUCCACUUGUUCUUUGGCUCACUGGAGGUCCUGGUUGUUCUGGUUUCUCUGCAAUUGCUUUUGAAAAUGGUCCACUAGCUAUUGCUUAUGAUACAUAUACUGGGGGCUUACCAUCUCUUAAAUUGAACCCAUUUUCUUGGACUAAGGUUGCUAGCAUUAUAUACAUAGAUGCACCAGUAGGAUCUGGAUUUUCCUAUGCAACGACUAACGAGGGAGCCAAUACUUCAGACACAUUAUCAGCACACCAGUCCUAUAUUUUCCUAAGAAAGUGGCUAAUGAAUCACCCCAAGUUUCUUGGAAGUCAAAUAUACAUUGGUGGAGAUUCAUAUUCUGGCAUAAUUGUUCCACUCCUAGUUCAGAAUAUCCUAGAGGGGAUUGAAAGUGGGUUGAAGCCAAGUAUUGAUCUCCAAGGGUACUUGCUUGGCAAUCCAGUAACAGACUACUACGUUGAUCAGAAUUCAAGAAUACCAUUUGUUCAUCGAGUAUCACUUAUAUCAGAUGCAUACUAUGAUGAUGCCAAAUUGUAUUGCGAAGGUGACUACAUGAACAUAGAGCCCAACAACACACUAUGUGUAACAGCUAUGCAAAACAUCAAACAGUGCCUAUUACAGAUAAAGCUUACUCAAAUCUUGGAACCUCAAUGUGCUUUCUCAUCCAAAAAACAAACAGAUUUAGAAUGGGAUAUCAUAUCUCAAGAAGCAAAUGUUAUCAAUUCUCUCGAAGCUAACAAACUUCCUGAACUGCACUGCAGGGAAUUUGGUUAUGCACUCUCCUACAAAUAUAUGAAUAACGAUACAGUCCAAAGCGCUCUCGGGGUUCGAAAUGGAACUGUGGAAACAUGGAGCAGGUGCUUGAAAACAUUCCCAACUUAUACUGAAAAUGUUGAAAGCACGCUUUAUAUUCAUAAAAAUCUCUCUAAAACAGGACUCAGAGCUCUGAUAUACAGUGGAGACCAUGACAUUUCUGUUCCAUACGUGGGGACACUGAAUUGGAUCAGGUCCCUUGAAAUACCAGUUUUUGAUGAAUGGAGACCUUGGUACCUUGAUGGUCAAGUUGCAGGAUACCAAGUAAAGUUUAUGAAUGAACAUUUCCGCCUGACAUAUGUGACCAUAAAGGGAGGAGGUCACACAGCUCCAGAGUACAAACCUGAAGAAUGCCAAGCCAUGGUUGAUAGGUGGUUUGCUCGUUAUCCUAUCUAAUUACUGGAGCAACGGUUGUAUUUAAUUCUGUAAUCACAUUACGGACAAAAAGAAAAAGAUCAUAAUCAUUUGUGAUCUAUGUAAUAUCAAUUUUUGAUGUAGAAUUUUUAGUCCUACUUAUGAGUUAAUUAAGUCAUUAAUCUCUUUCAAUAAACAACAGCUGCAUCACAUUGUUGUGA